AAUGGCGGUUUUGCACUUCGUACCGACAUUGUAUUGCAGCGCUUAGUGCAAAAAAGGAUUCUGUCGCAGGUUUUUCUAGCGAUUCAUAUGAUUGCAAUGGUAUAUUGUUUAGCGUCUAGAGAUUUUGCUGUAAACAUGAGUCUCAUAAACGUGGGCUUAGAGAUCUUCAAUGUAUUUUUCACAUUUUACUUUUUACAUUAUGAAUACUGGAAAAGGGGUGUCAAGGUAAAUGGAACAAACGUAUCUGGAGGAAACUUCACGGAUUUAUUUUUAAUUUACUUAAUUUUUGAAGUCAUAUAUUUUAUCUUAAUUGAUGGAUUCAGAUAUAUGCCAGAUAGAUUUAAUGAAGUAGUUGAUCGAACAGCAACAAAGAAUUUGUACCUAUGUUUGUAUGAUUUUCAUCUAGAGUAUUUUGAUCACUUUAUACACAUUAUCAUGUUUAUCAUGUAUAUUUGGAUGUGGUUUGCACUAAAUAUAAAAUUGAAGCAUGGAUAAUUAUUGAACUGUGGCAAUAUUUUGAUUAUCGAUUAAACUUCGAUAAAUCACACAAAUCUAACGAACUUUUAAUGAUUUAAUA